AUGUCCGGGUUUAGUUGGAGGCGCCCAACGCGUAGACCGACCCCAAAACGUCCGCCUCAGCCGCGCCCCCCCGCCCACACCACACACGCGCUCUCGCUCCGCCGGUGCAACCGCCGGUGCCGAGCUCGCCCUCGCGCCCCAUCCGCCGCCAACUCCUCGCCGCCGCCUGCCGCCGCGUCGCUCGCCGCCUCGUCCGCGACCGCGCCGCCUCACCCCGUGCACGCCCGCGCGCGAGCCCGCCCGCAGCGCACCCGUCCUGCCCCGCCCGACUCGCUCCCCGCGCGCACGCCCGCGUGCCGCGCCGCGCCUGCUGGCCGCGCUCGCGCAACACGCCCGCGCGCCGUGCCCCGCCCCGCCUCGCCUGCUGGCUGCGCCCGCGCGCCGCGCCCCCGCCCGCACCCUCCACCACGCCGCGCUCGCGCCCUGUGGCCCCGCUCGCGCCCAGCCGCGAACUCGGCCGCGCCUGCGCGCUCUGCCCACGCGCCCACGCAUGCACCGCCUUGCACUGCCACCCACCCGUGCCAUGCCCCGCCGCCGCCCGCGCACGGCUCGCGCGCGCCCAGCUCGCCGCCAGCUGCCCGCGCCAAACCCCUCCUCGCCGCCGGCCACGCCUCGCACCACCAAGCCCGUGCCCACCUCGCCCCGCCGCCCAUCGCCCACCACCACGCUCGCAGCCGCGCCCCGCCGCCCCGCCGUGGCCGCGUGGAGGUGGCCGCCGGCUGCAAAAGAAGAGAGAGGGAGAGAGAGAAAAAGGAGAGAGAAAAGGACGAGAGGAGGAGUGGAAAGGCGCCGGAGGACGUCGCGUCGGGAAGUGGGGGUGGGCGAGGUACGACCGGAUCAGAAGCAAAUCUGGAAGACAGGUUUUCAGGGCUGAACCUCCAUGGGGAGGAGGAAGAGGAGUUGGACCUGUAG